AUGUCCAAGUGCACAGCAUCCGAGUCUCAUGGUGAUGAACCUAUCCCGAAACAUGUCAGGAACCAUGAAGGGAUGAGAGCACCAUCACCGCUGGCAGAUCAUGGCACAUGGCGCAUCCUGGAACAAUAUCUCACCACAGACAUGACCUACCCUCAGAUGGAGGUGGCCAUUACUUUGCACUUGGGUGAUCGAUACAAUGCUGAUGAUUGGAAAGACGCUUGUGAUGUGUUGUUCUCCAGCGACGGUAAUGACAACCUCACCUUAGCAAAUCUUCUUGCCUUGAAGGCCAGACAUGUGCCCCAGUGUGCCUCCGGUCCAUCGACAAUCGUGACUCAGUGCAAAAAUUUUGCCACAUCCAUGUCUGCCCCAAAGGCAGCCAGUCGCUUGAAAAAUGCACAUCCAAAAAAUCCCUUUAUCGACGAUGAAGCAUCUGAUAAUGAGGAAGAGGAUGAGGAGGAAGAAGAAGAAGAAGAGGAAAACUUCCAGUUGGAGGGCGACGAUGGCUCUUCUAUGGGGUUGUUAAAUGUUGCAUGCUUGCCAGCAACUUUAUUGGCCAAGGAUAAGUACAAAGGGGAUGUGCCAAACACGUAUCCUAGAGCAGCCUCAUCCUCUUGCACGAUCAAAUGCAGGAUGUACCUUCUCCAUUUUCACAGAUCUGCCACGCAAUGUGUUGCUGAACAUCUCAGGAGCAAGGGAUUUGUGGUUACCAUAUCUUCUUGGAUACCAAGCCAGAUUUAUGCUAUCUCAGAUAGCCCUAGAACAAUUGCGAUAUCGCUUGAUCUAUUCUCUUCCUCUGUGAAAGAUUAUAUUUGCAUUUUGGAAGAAGAACAAGCAGCGAUCGGGCGUUCACACUUCACACUCCCCAACCCAGGGUGGGUGAAAAUUACUCAGGGGAAGUAUAAGGGCGACAUUGGUUAUGUCUUCGAUUCUAAACAGUCGAAUGAAUUUGUUACAGUAUUAAUUCCCCCAUGCGACUUUCCCUAUGACAUGCCUAAGAGAUUUGUGGCGCUUCUCGACCGAGCUCGCUUGCUGAAUAACGAGACAGUGUUCGACAUCCUUCAGGACGAUAGAGUUGUAGGAUGGUCCUACAAAAGAGAGCGGUACUACAUGGGGCUUUUAUCGAAAAACUUUCGCCAUUCAGCCAGGCCUAUCACAGGAGAAAUCCAUUUAGAAAUGGGUAUGGUCAUCUCGACAGACCAUGCAUCUGGCUCUGCAUGCUUAGAGUUCACCCUUGAUGGACAUCAACAAGAACUGGAAUUCCAACUCCAGGACAUCAAACCUGUCUUUUGGGUCGGCGACAUGGUUCAAGUGGUAGCAGGCGCUUACACAGGUUUAGAAGGGUACAUCAUUAAAAAGUCUGAGGACUUGUUUCAUGUGUGUCAAGAGGCCACCAAUGAAGAGCUGCCAACGCAGCCAGAUUUCGACCCUCUCCCCAAGCUCAAAUCUCUUCAAAUCAGCAAUGACAUAGAAGUGUGUGCGGGAGAGUACAUGGGACAAUGCGGGAUCGUGAUGUGGUUUAGUAUGGGAGAAACUACGCUGUGGUUUUGGGCUAGGGGCGUCAUCCAGGACCAGCUCAUCAACAUCCCCACGGCAUUCGUACAGCACAUCCACCCCUUCAAGACUCUCCAGUUUACCAAGGAAAGGGGUUACGAUGUUAGGCCAGGAGAUGUUGUGAUUGUCGCCUGUGGGCCAGAGUUCCAGACAAAAGGGGUCAUGCAAACCAUGGACUUUCCAAAUGUGGACGUUCCUAUUGGAUUCGUCAUGAAAGUAUCCAAUUUGAACAUGGAUUUGUUUCGCGAUGUCAUCGGGAAAGAAGUUUUCAUUAUCGGAGGUGCAUGGAAGGGUUAUCAAGCCACGCUAUACCAACUCGGUCAGGAGACUUGCUCCAUUGCUGUGCAUGGGCAAGCAUGCACCACAGUCAAACAUGAGGACAUUGCUACUAGGUAUGGCAUGAGGUUAAACGGGUCAAUACUCGAAGGACUAGACAUGAUCUCCUUCUGCGACAUGCAGAGGAAAUCGCACCUAACACCCCAAUGUCAAAGCAAGACCCCACCACCUGACCCCGUAGUCCCAUCCAGUUUCAGUAUGGAUCCCAGCUCCAGCAAGUGGUCCACCUGGUCUAGUUACAACAAUUGUGAUCCGACAGAUAACCUUUCUGACGUCAAGGCAUACAACCCCUGGGUUGCUAACAAUGCAGAGGAUAUCGAGGACGCCAUUGCAGACAGAAAGGAGAAGCAGUGA